GAGGCUAUGCCUUGAGGGGGUUGGGAUACGGGAUGCUUUCUGCCGCAUCCCUCCCCGAGGCGUUCCGGACCUCGGAGGCUGAACCGAGGCGCGGCGCGGGGGUGGGAAAAUAUGGGAAGUGGAGGAGAAGAAAGCCAGGACCUCCAUACCUGAAGCAGCGGUGCUCCGGUCUGGUCCACUAACCUGGUAUUGCUUUCGUCUUCGUGUCAAUGUCUCUCAUGUUGAAUCUCUUCAGACAGCUCCUGGAAUAUUUUGGCUUCCCACUAGAACAGUUUACACCAAUAUGGGAAGCUCAUGCAAAUGGUCGAAGUAUUGUUCGAGUUAUAGUGACAAGCUUACCUUCAAAUCUUUUUUCAAGAACUGAUUUGUACCAGAUAUGUUCCACUAUUUUACCAUCAUGGGAAAAUAAGGAAUAUGGAUCUACUCGAAGUAUUGUUCGUAGCAUUGGGAAAAUUUUACCUUUAGAACCUUGUCCAAGGCCUAACUUUGAGCUGUUCCAAUACAUGAAGUCUUUAGACUGUGAUCAACAUGGAUCUGCUCUGAACCCCAUAGUUCCAUCAUUUGCUGAUAUCCUAUGUGUGGCAAAUGACGAAGCCAGACAGGACAGAUUUAGAAAUUGUAUAUGGGAAAAGUAUGAGGACAAAACCCAGUUUUUCAACCCAAUGCCUCCACCUUUAAUUCCUUUGUCACCUGUUUCAAGUCAAAGAAUGCAAAUAAUCAAUGGUCUUCCUGUUACUAAAGCAGCAAUUAAAAAAAUAGCUGCCCUUCAAGAUGAGCUAACCAUUCUUCGUUCCCAGAUUGCUGCAAUUGUUGCGUUGCAAGAGGCAGAAAACAAGUUUACUCUCGAGUCCUUGAAAUCAUAUGAUAUACCUGGUAACUUGGGACCACUACCAUCUGUGACUUCUUCACCCUCUCCUGUACCAGAUUGUUCUUCAAAUUCAGUGGUCCACCCUCUACCUCCUCCACCUCCUCCACCUCCUCCACCUCUUCCACCUCUUCCACCUCCUCCACCAUCUUCACCGGGAUCUAAUAUCUGUGAUUCAGACAGUUCAACAGAUAGACUUAUAAAAGAGGUCCAUAUUGCAAAUAAGAACAACACCGAAAAAUAUGCAGAAAACCAGAGAACUAAAGUUGUUCCCAGCAUGAUGGAUGUUCUAAAGGAUAUGGAUAAAGUCAAGCUGCGAGCUAUUGAACGGUCACCUGGAGGGAGACCCAUUCAUAAAACAAGAAGAGAAAUUUCAGAUUGGGAUCCAGUGUCUAUAAUUUCUCAUGCCCUUAAGAAGAAGUUUGCAUUCCAGGAAGAAGAUUCCUUUGAAAAAGAAGAUACAUCUUGGGACUCUUCAUUUUUUAGUCCAGAAACUCCAAAGUUUGAACAUCGUAUCUUGCAGCCGAAUGGACAAUGCAUGGAAGAAGAAAUUGACAAAGUAUCACAAAGAAAAUAUCCAGGAAAGGAGUCAGCCUUCUCACUUACCAUGUGUCAGUCCAAAGGAAGAGAUUUAAGAACAGCCUCACCAGGAACAGGGUCUCAGGAAGGAAGACGAAAGAAAGGAAGAAGGAAAAGAGAAAGAUGAAAAGAAAGGAGCAAAGCAAAGACCUGAACUGAUGAGGAAAAAAUGUGGAGGAAAGUAGAAAGAGAAUAAAGCAAGACUUGUUUCUUCUUUCUGCUAAA